UCAAUAAAGCUGGUUACUUACAUCCCCAUAGUCGUUGUACAUGGCGAAGUCUGUGGUGCGAUGACUGACAGAAACUACAAGUAAUUACGGUGAAUAAUAACUAAGUAAUUCUUCAAAUUUGGCCGUGCAUGCGUCGGCGACGUGUUUCGACUAUUUUCUUCGACAGCGACAAGGACAAGGCAGAAAUGCUAGGAGCGGCACAUGGCCCGGUGGCGCCCUCUAUCCGCGUCUGACAGGGAGAACAACAAGAAUAAGAACAGCCGACGCAUCAACAUUUGUCUUUAUUUUCUAUUUUCUUGUGAACAUUUGGCACAUAUUCCCUGUUUGUCCAUGAAGAAGGUCACGCAAACAAUGGCGAAGAGCAACAAUUUUGACAAAAUGCGAGCAACCUACUUGGAUGCUCUUAAACUAAGUUUCAAUAAACAAGAUGUCGAUAUUCUCAUCAAGAAGUUUAACUUGUUUUCUGCUGAAGACGCUGAUAAAAAAUCGGCACUUGAUCAGGUUUUACGAGAUUAUCUUCUUGAGCUAUUAUCACCAUCAAAGAGGACUGCAGGCAAUGUUACCGUCUGGGAACAGUACAUUUCCUUUUGCAUUUUAGCUUGCAAACAAUCUCUAUGUUCUCCCACCAUGCCUGUCGUGCUACUGGGAGAUGUCUUCGAUGCCCUUACUCUUCAACAAUGUGAAUGCCUCUUCGCUUAUGUUGAAGAAAAUGUGACUAUGUGGAAGGAGGAGCUCUUUUUCACCCCAUGCAAGAAUAAUCUACUUAGAAUGUGCAAUGAUCUACUUCGUCGUUUGUCCAGAUCACAGAACACUGUGUUUUGUGGACGCAUUCUCCUCUUUCUUGCCAAAUUUUUCCCUUUCUCAGAACGUUCUGGGUUGAAUGUGGUUAGUGAAUUUAAUCUUGAGAAUAUUACUCAAUAUGGUACAGAGGACGAAGGAACUAAAGAACUUCUAGGUGAGGAGGACAAUGACCAAGAAGAGGCAGACAAAGCAGACAUGAGGAUUACAAUUGACUACAAUCUAUACAGCAAAUUCUGGUCACUGCAGGAUUUCUUCCGUAAUCCCAACCAGUGUUAUGACAGAGUCCACUGGAAAACUUUCUCCUCUCAUGCAAACAGUGUUUUAUCAGCAUUUAGUAGUUUCAAACUUGAUGAUAUAGCAGACAGCAAAAAAUUGAAACUGGAUGUGUCAUUUGGAAGAGAAUCUAACUCGGAAAUGGAUGUUGAUGAGGGAAGUGCACCUUCAGGUCAAGCAUUUUUUGCCAAGUACCUCACAAAUCAAAAGCUCCUGGAGCUACAAUUAAGUGACUCAAAUUUUCGGCGUUGUGUUUUACUGCAGUUUCUUAUUUUGUUUCAAUACCUCGACUCUCAAGUCAAGUUCAAGCCGGAUACCUUUGAGCUGAAGCAAGACCAGCUAGAAUGGGUUAAGGAAACAACAGAAUUAAUAUGUAGGCUGAUGAAAGAGACCCCUCCAGAUGGCCCAAGUUUUCUUGCAGCUGUCACACACAUACUCAAGCGUGAAGAACAAUGGAGUAAUUGGAAAAAUGAAGGCUGCAAAGAGUUUCAAACACCGGGAGGGAAGCGGAAGCUCACAGAAGAUAAUAAUGAAGCUCCUGAAGGAAAGAAACCAAUAAAAAUGAAGAGGAGAGGAAGGCCCCUUGGAGAAUUGACCAAAGACUCUUUAAACCAUGGGAGGACUUUAAUGGGGAACUCGGAGCUUACAAAAUUAUGGAAUGUAUGCCCAGACAACCUCGAAGCAUGCAGAGGUAGAGACAGAGACUUCCUCCCCUCAUUAGAUACUUAUUUUGAAGAAGCUAUUGAACAAACCGAUCCCAGUGCUAUGGUAGAAGAUAGUUACAAAAAGACCAAUGAUGGCAACUUUGGAUGGCGUGCAUUGCGCCUUCUUGCUCGCAGAAGUCCACACUUUUUCACCCUCAGCAGUAACAAUAUAACCAAACUGCCAGAGUAUUUAGAGACAAUGAUUAAGAAAAUAGCUAAGGAUAGACCUUCAGCAGGAGCAGGCAUGACUCAAGAGGAGAAACAAGAGGUCCUUGAAGGGCAGGCCGAGGAGAAUGGGGCGGAAAAUGAUCAGGAGGAGGAUGAACUUCUGAAAGAAGAAGAAUCUAAAGAUGAUGAAUCCAAAGAUGAAGAAAGUAAAGACGAUGAAGCAGAAGAUAAGAGACCCCUAACUUUCAAUGAAGAAAUGUUGGAUGCACUUGCAACAUGUGUUGCACCAGUGUGGCUCAAAAUUGCUGUUAAAUUGGGGUAUAAAAAAGAAGAGCUUAGUGACAUUACUGCUGAAGAUACUGAUGAUGCAACAAAGGCAAGAAAGUGGUUACAAUUUUAUGUUGAAACUGAUGAGGAUGCCAGCCCAGAAAACUUCGCCUACACCUUGGAAGGAAUGGGUCUCACUGAAGCUGUUACAAUAAUAAAUGAAAUGGUGUAAUGAUUACACCUGCAAUGUGCUGAAAGUCUCUAUUGAGUGCUCCUUUUUUUUUUACGCAUGUACCUAAAGUGAAAGUAUUUGUCUAGUAAUAAUAAAUAUAGCAAUAUCGAAAUGUGCAGCAAA